UGGCUUCUGAGUGGGUUGGACACAAAGGAACAGACAGCAGGGGGGACUUCCUGGCCUGAAAGAUGGGGCCACAUCCCCAGGAUGGAGGGGUGCGGAGGUGACUCAAAGACCCUCACAUUGCUGCCCCCCCCUCCCCGAAGCUUCCUGCUGUUCCCCACCAGCGGAAACUCCAGGCCGCUGGGAAUGAACUUCCCUCUGCAGGAGCCAGGCCACUCCUCUCCUCACGGGUGGACUGGCCCUCUUGUCUCCUCAGUGUACCUCUGGGAACAGCCGGACGAGGGGCGCCUAGAGACACCACUCAGCUUAGAGGAUCAAAUACUCAACUCUAUGUUCGAAGCUUGUGACCCCCAGAGGACAGGCUCUGUGGCUGUGACCCGAGUACUAGCCUACCUGGAGGCUGUGACAGGACAGGGCCCCCAGGACACACGCCUCCAAACACUGGCCUGCAGCCUGGAUCCCAAUGGGGAGGGCCCUCAGGCCACUGUGGACUUGGACACCUUCCUGGUCGUCAUGCGAGACUGGAUCACUGCCUGUCAGCUGGAUGGAGGAUUAGAGCUGGAAGAGGAGACUACCUUCGAGGGAGCCCUGACCUCCCAGCGGCUGCCAUCUGGAGGCCCAGUCACAGAGGAGCCAGCCAACCUGGAGAGCUUUGGAGGCGAAGACCCCAGACCUGAGCUGCUGGGCACAGCUGACUUGCUGAGCAGCCUGGAGGACCUGGAGCUCAGUAACCGCAGGCUGGCUGGGGAGAACGCCAAACUGCAGCGCAGCGUGGAGACCGCUGAGGAGGGGUCUGCGCGCCUAGGGGAGGAGAUCGUGGCCCUGCGCAAGCAGCUCCGCAGCACCCAGCAGGCCCUGCAGCUUGCCAGGGCUGUGGAUGAGGAGCUGGAGGACCUGAAGAGUCUGGCCAAGAGCCUGGAGGAACAGAAUCGCAGUCUCCUGGCCCAGGCCCGGCAGACAGAAAAGGAACAGCAGCAUCUGGUGGCUGAAAUGGAGACGCUGCAGGAGGAGAAUGGAAAGCUACUGGCAGAGCGGGAUGGAGUGAAGAGGAGGACUGAGGAGCUGGCCAUGGAGAAGGAUGCUUUGAAGCGGCAGCUCUAUGAGUGUGAACGCCUCAUUUGCCAGCGGGACACCGACCUCUCCGAGCGCACGUGCCACGCCGAGAGUCUGGCCAAGACCUUGGAGGAGUACAGGACAACAACCCAGGAACUGAGGUUGGAAAUCUCACACCUGGAGGAGCAGCUGAGUCAGAUCCAUAAGGGGCCAGAUGAGCUAUCCAAAGCGGCUCAGGCGAGAAGAGCGGACUGGACCAAGCUGCUGCCCCCAUCACUGGGCAUGGAGAUCCAGGCCAUUCAGCAGAAACAACUUUCCCAGAAACAAGAAGAGGCAGCCACCACUCUCUCCAGCCCUCUGUGCGGGGUGUGGCAGUGGGAGGAGGGCAGCAGUGAGAGCGACGACGCUGAAGCCGAGUUUGUGCCUGAAGCCGCAGCUGAGGGACAGAGGAACUUCCAGGGAGAGGCGGCGUACCCGCAUGAAGGAAGGAAGGAGCAGUUAAUGUGGUUGCCCAGAAGAGAGGAAGAGGAGGAAGCGGAGAUCCAGGUCACGGCUGAUCUCUCCAUCCUUCCUGGAGACAUUCCAAGCAGCCCUCCUGAGAGCAGCCCCCCGCAACCAGACCUACAGCACGCGCUGGUGCCUGUGGAGAGGAAGCUGGUUCCGGUUAGGAGGCCAGUCUGGAGCCACUUCUGCCUGUGCCCCCUGCACCCCCAACCCCAGCAGCUCAGGGUCAGGCGGCAUCCGCUGAUUCCCGCGCCUGUCCUGGGUCUCCUGCUGCUGCUGCUGCUCUCCGUCCUGCUGCUGGGCCAGCCCCCGCCCCCCACCUGGCCCCACCUCCAGCUCUGCUACCUUGGCCCUCCCCCAGUGUGAGCCAUGCUCCCCGCCCCUCAGAGCAACGUCUUGUUCGGUGAAUUCCCGGACUCUUUACUGUUGUUCCUGUUGUGCCACUGUUAUCACGACCCCAGAUGCAGUUCAGAACUCCAGCAUCCACGCCCCAGAAUGGGGUCUUUAUGUGAAGUCUCUUGGUUUUGUGAUGGUUUUUACUACAUUUCUUGAUAAUGGCAAAACGCGCCCAGUAAUGGAGUAAGUGCUAGGGGUUUAUUGUCCUCACAAAACGAGCCUGGAGAACAGGUCGAGGCCCACAGCUCCGUCUCCACAGCCUCCGGCUAGGGCGCUGAGUCUGACCCUCCUAGCCCCUCUCGUGCUCAGGGGAUGGAGGACACUGUGGCUUCAUACAUCGUCUCUGCAGAGAAGGCGAUGUGGCCCUUCUUUUUUAUACAGAAAAGCAGUAGCCUUCCCAGCGCCAGCAGCAGACCUGUGUUUAUAUCCUGUUGGCCAGACUGUUUGGCAUCAUCACCCCGGGCUGCAAGGAGACCAAGCGCCUCUCCUGGCAGAAAGAGGGAGAUGUGGCUGGGCACACACCACAGAUGUCCGUCCGCUACAUGCUAACGGCCAGGGAGUGGGCCGGGCACCAUUUGUUCUCCACAAACACACAGUGA